AGCCAGUCAGUAUAUUUCCUCCGUGUGUAUUGGAUUUUUCAUUCUGGUUAAACAACUCUGAAUCAACCUCAUCACCAUCUUUGUCGUCAAUCAAUCCAGAUGGAUUAGAUAGAAUUAAAAUAAUAGAAAGGGAUAUUUUCGAUAUUGUACGCUCUGAAAUUGGUGAUCUAAUAGAACAAAUUCGUCUAAUCGAUUCAUACAAAGAUCCGAAAACAGGUCGACAAAGUCUUUGCUAUCGUUUCAUCUAUCGAGAUCAGCAUAAAACUUUAACAAUGGAUGAAGUACGACCAUUACAUGAGAAUAUUGGACAAGUUUUAGCUAAAAAAUUAAAUCUUACUAUUCGAUAAUAAUUUGUUGCUAUUAAACCACUACUGAUAUGAUUGUACAAUAUCUGAAUGUAAUCUUCUAAUCAAUACUAUUAUUAUGUACAUAUUUCUAGUUUUGUCAUACACACAUAUUUAUACAGUAUCUUCUCUCGUGAAAUUGACUUUUCAAAUGACUGACUUUGUUUUUUUUUGUUUUAAACUGUUUCCUUGAUGAAGAAAGAAUAAUGAAAUUGUUUGAUCACUCACUCAGUAUGUGGACAAUUUCUUUUUCACCCUUAACAUUGAUCAAAUUCUUUUGAUGACCUCAGAGUGUAACUAUUAGUCUAAGUAAAUAUUUAUCAAAAGCCUUACUUUUUGAUCAGUGAUAAUAUUCCAGUCCUACAGACGAUCAUUGUUAGAUCCUCAGAACUCACUUGUAAAAUGUUCUUAUUUUCUAUGUCUUCGCGAAUAAGUCGCUCAGUUGAUCUUGAGCUCACAUUUCCCACUCAGAAAAUUCUUAACUGUCAUUGGUUGAUGGAUUAUUUUAGUAUGCUUUUUUGUGGUUCUCCCAAGGGCAUGGCUAUCAUUGUAUAAAUGAGCUUGAUUUGUGUGCUUAUCAACUUCAUAUUUUCUGGGUGCUUGUAGAAUACACUUUCUACGCCAUA